AUGCAUGUGCAGGACAAUCCCUCAUGGUUGCAGAAGUGUGGCCUAACGGCCCCCAUGGAUGUUAAAGUAGCCCGAGGUUUGCUAUUAUCUUGGGAACGUUCCUUUGAGCUGACUGGGAAAGUGCCCUUCCCUUUACAGGAAAAGGAGAUCAAGUCUCUGACUGCUGAGAUCGACCGGCUGAAGAAAGGUAGUCACUUAGAAGAUUCUCCAAGUUUGGAACAGUUACGAGAAGAAAAUUUAAAAUUGAAGUACAGACUGAAUAUUCUUCAAAGGAGUCUUCAGUCAGAAAGGAAAAGAAGACCAACUAAAAAUAUGAUUAACAUCAAUAGCUGCCUGCAGGAUGUCUUUGGCUAUGCCAUUAAGGCUGCGUAUCCAGACCUGGACAAUCCUCCUCUGGUCGUAACCCCAAGUCAGCAGCCCAAGUUUGGAGACUAUCAAUGCAACAGUGCAAUGGGUAUUUCUCAGAUGCUCAAAGCAAAGGAGCAGAAAGUAAACCCUAGAGAAAUUGCAGAAAACAUUACCAAACACCUGCCGAACAAUGACUAUAUUGACAAAGUUGAAAUUGCGGGUCCUGGUUUCAUUAAUGUCCACUUGAGGAAGGAUUUUGUGUCAGAACAGUUGACCAGUCUCCUAAUAAAUGGAGUUCAACUGCCUGUUCUUGGAGAGAGAAAAAAGGUUGUCAUUGACUUUUCGUCUCCCAACAUCGCUAAAGAGAUGCACGUUGGCCACCUCAGGUCAACUAUCAUAGGCGAAAGUACAAGCCGACUCUUUGAAUUUGCUGGAUAUGAUGUGCUAAGGAUAAACCAUGUAGGAGACUGGGGGACCCAGUUUGGCAUGCUCAUCGCUCACCUACAAGAUCAGUUUCCAGAUUAUCUGACAGUUUCGCCUCCUAUCGGGGAUCUUCAGGCCUUUUAUAAGGAAUCUAAGAAGAGGUUUGAUACUGAGGAGGAAUUUAAGAAGCGAGCCUAUCAAUGUGUUGUUUCACUGCAGAGUAAAAACCCAGAUUUCAUAAAGGCCUGGAACCUCAUCUGUGAUGUCUCCCGUGCAGAGUUUCAGAAAAUCUAUGAUGCAUUGGACAUCACUUUAAUAGAGAGAGGAGAAUCCUUCUAUCAAGAUAGGAUGAAUGAUAUUGUAAAGGAAUUUGAAGAUAAAGGAUUUGUGCAAGUGGAUGAUGGCAGAAAAAUUGUCUUUGUGCCUGGGUGUUCCAUACCGUUAACCAUAGUGAAGUCAGAUGGGGGCUUUACUUAUGAUACAUCUGACCUAGCUGCUAUCAAACAGAGACUAUUUGAGGAGAAAGCAGAUAAGCUUAUCUACGUGGUGGACAAUGGACAAGCUGUACAUUUCCAGACAAUUUUUGCUGCUGCUCAAAUGAUUGGCUGGUAUGACCCGAAAGUAACUCAAGUGGCACAUGUUGGAUUCGGCGUGGUGCUAGGAGAAGACAAGAAGAAGUUUAAAACACGUUCAGGUGAAACUGUGCGCCUUAUGGACCUGCUAGAAGAAGGACUGAAACGGUCCAUGGACAAGUUAAAGGAGAAGGAGAGAGACAAGGUCUUAACUGAGGAGGAGCUGACAGCUGCUCAGAGAUCUGUUGCGUACGGCUGUAUCAAAUACGCUGACCUGUCCCAUAACCGGCUGAAUGACUACAUCUUCUCCUUUGACAAGAUGCUGGACGACAGAGGAAACACGGCUGCAUACUUACUAUAUGCCUUCACUAGGAUCAGGUCUAUUGCACGUCUGGCCAGUAUUGAUGAUGAGAUGCUUCAGAAAGCCGCUCGGGAAACCAAGAUUGUUUUAGACCAUGAGAAGGAAUGGAAACUUGGCCGGUGCAUCUUACGAUUCCCUGAGAUUUUACAAAAGAUUUUAGAUGACUUAUUUCUCCAUACUCUCUGCGAUUAUAUAUAUGAGCUGGCAACUACUUUCACAGAGUUUUACGAUAGCUGUUACUGUGUGGAGAAAGAUCGGCAGACGGGGCAAGUAGUGAAGGUGAACAUGUGGCGGAUGCUCCUGUGUGAAGCAGUAGCUGCUGUCAUGGCCAAGGGGUUCGAGAUACUGGGAAUAAAAGCCGUCCAAAGGAUGUAAUCCUUAGGUUUGGAGACUGUUUACCAAUCAUGUGAACACAACUUCACAGUAAAGAAAUUUUCACAAUUA